AUGGAAGUUGCUACUGCUGAUAUUCGUCGUUGGGACGAAUUGAUUCCAGAUACUUUAGGGGUGAUUUUCACCAAGCUUCCGCUUCGGGAAAGAUUGACUGUGAUUCCGAGGGUCUGUAAAUCAUGGGCUAGUGCUGUUAAUGGACCUUACUGCUGGCAAGAGAUAGACAUUUAUGACUGGUGUACUCGCUGCGAGCCUCGCCAUAUUGAGAGGAUGGUUGAGAUGCUCAUUACUAGAAGCUCUGGAUCGAUGCGGAAACUCUGCGCUUCUGGUCUCCAGACUGAGAGAAUUUUCACUUUCAUUGCUGAAAAUGCUGGAUCUCUAAAAAACUUGCGCCUGCCAAGAUGCGAUGUGAAUGAUUUUGCAGUGGAACAGAUGACCAGAAAGCUUUCAAUGAUUUGCAUCUUAGAUUUGAGCUACUGCAUCAGAAUCGGUAGCAAUGCCAUAGAGACAAUCGGCAAGAACUGCAAACGCUUAGAAGUUUUCUGUCGUAACAUGCAUCCCUUAGACACUUCAGGAAAGCCCUUAGAAGACGCGGAAGCAUUCGCAGUAGCCUCGACUAUGCCAAAGCUGAAAAGUCUCGAAAUGACUUACAAUCUGAUCACCAACGAAGGUGUUUACCAAAUCCUCUCACUCUGUCCUAACCUUGAACAUUUGGAUUUGCGGGGUUGUUGGGGUGUGAAACUCGACGACAUGUACGUGAAGCAGAGUUUUCCGAAACUUAACGUUUUAGGGCCGCAAGUUUCAGGCUAUUACGAGAGGGAGGAAUGCUCGGAUAUAUCUGAUUCUUCUGACUCGGAGUAUGAUGAUAGCGAUAUGGACGAGUAUGAUUUCUAUGACGACGAGAGCGAUGACGGAAUGUGGUAUCAUGAUGGAAGGAUCGACGAACUCGAGUUUAGGGUUUAUGAAGGAGGGAUUGAAGAUGCUGCAAUGUAUUGGCCUCCAUCUCCAUGA